CGGAGACAGCUGGCAAUAGUGAGAACCACUGACUGACAACUUUACUGAAUUCCUCAGUCAUAUACUUGUCGUCAAAAUGGCGACAACAAAUGAUUCGAAGGCGCCUUUGCGCCAAGUUAAAAGAGUACAAUUUGGAAUAUUAUCGCCAGAUGAAAUUCGUCGAAUGUCAGUCACUGAAGGGGGCAUCCGCUUCCCUGAAACUAUGGAAGGCGGCAGACCCAAACUUGGCGGACUUAUGGAUCCUCGACAAGGGGUGAUUGACAGAAGUUCCAGAUGCCAGACUUGUGCUGGAAAUAUGACUGAAUGUCCAGGACACUUUGGACAUAUUGAUUUGGCCAAACCAGUUUUUCAUAUAGGUUUUAUCACAAAAACAAUAAAAAUAUUGAGAUGUGUUUGUUUUUAUUGCUCAAAGUUACUUGUCAGUCCGACUAAUCCAAAGAUAAAAGAAGUUGUGAUGAAAUCUAAAGGACAGCCACGAAAGAGGCUUACCUAUGUUUAUGAUUUAUGUAAAGGAAAAAAUAUUUGUGAGGGUGGUGAAGAUAUGGAUAUAGGCAAGGAGGGUGAGGAAGGGAAACGAGGCUCAGGCCAUGGUGGUUGUGGUCACUACCAACCAUCAAUCCGAAGACAAGGUCUGGACCUAACUGCGGAAUGGAAGCAUGCAAAUGAAGACACACAAGAAAAGAAAACUAAUAUUUCUGCAGAAAGAGUUUGGGAAAUUCUCAAACAUAUCACAGAUGAAGAAUCUUUCAUUCUUGGAAUGGACCCCAAAUUCGCCAGACCUGACUGGAUGAUAGUUACUGUUCUACCAGUUCCUCCUUUGUCCGUCAGACCAGCAGUAGUCAUGUUUGGGGCAGCCAAGAACCAGGAUGACUUGACCCACAAAUUGGCUGAUAUAAUUAAAGCAAACAAUGAGUUACAGCGAAAUGAACAGACAGGGGCACCAGCUCAUGUGCUUGGAGUUAAUAUUAGGAUGUUACAAUUCCAUGUUGCCACAUUUGUCGACAAUGAUAUGCCAGGCAUGCCCAAAGCUAUGCAGAAAUCUGGAAAGCCAUUGAAAGCAAUCAAGGCACGUCUCAAAGGAAAGGAAGGAAGAAUUAGAGGAAACCUCAUGGGAAAACGUGUAGACUUCUCAGCUCGUACUGUUAUCACACCUGAUCCAAAUUUACGUAUUGAUCAAGUAGGAGUCCCUAGAUCAAUUGCACAGAAUUUAACAUUUCCCGAGCUGGUCACACCAUUCAAUAUUGACCGCAUGCAAGAACUUGUAAGGCGUGGAAAUGCUCAGUAUCCUGGUGCAAAGUAUAUUGUCAGAAGUAAUGGAGAAAGGAUUGACUUGAGAUUCCAUCCUAAACCCUCUGAUUUGCAUUUACAAUAUGGUUAUAAAGUGGAGCGUCAUCUGAGGGAUGAUGAUUUGGUAAUUUUCAAUCGGCAGCCCACACUACAUAAAAUGAGUAUGAUGGGUCACAGAGUAAAAGUACUACCAUGGUCCACAUUCCGAAUGAAUCUGAGUUGUACCUCACCAUACAAUGCUGAUUUUGAUGGAGACGAAAUGAAUUUACAUGUGCCACAAUCAAUGGAAACAAGAGCAGAAGUAGAAAACAUUCAUAUCACCCCGAGGCAAAUUAUCACUCCACAGGCAAACAAACCUGUUAUGGGUAUUGUACAGGACACACUGACAGCUGUGCGCAAAAUGACCAAAAGAGAUGUUUUCCUUACUAAAGAACAAGUUAUGAAUCUAUUGAUGUUCCUUCCUACAUGGGAUGGUAAAAUUCCACAGCCAUGCAUUUUGAAACCCCAGCCAUUGUGGACUGGUAAACAAAUAUUUACUUUGAUCAUUCCUGGAAACGUAAACAUGAUUCGAACCCAUUCCACCCAUCCUGAUGAAGAAGAUGAUGGACCCUAUAAAUGGAUAUCCCCUGGUGAUACUAAAGUAGUUGUAGAACAUGGAGAACUUCUCAUGGGUAUCUUAUGUAAAAAAUCACUGGGUGCCUCAGCAGGUUCUCUGCUGCACAUUUGCAUGUUGGAAUUAGGACAUGAGGUUGCUGGCCGAUUCUAUGGUAACAUUCAAACUGUGAUUAACAACUGGCUGUUGCUAGAAGGUCAUUCUAUUGGUAUUGGAGAUACUAUUGCUGAUCCACAGACAUAUCAAGAAAUUCAGCGUGCUAUUGUUAAAGCUAAAGAUGAUGUCAUAGAAGUUAUUCAAAAAGCUCACAAUAUGGAAUUGGAGCCCACUCCUGGUAAUACACUAAGACAAACUUUUGAGAACCAAGUGAACCGUAUAUUGAACGACGCUCGUGACAAAACUGGUGGCUCUGCUAAGAAAUCUUUGACAGAAUACAACAAUCUCAAAGCUAUGGUGGUAGCUGGUUCCAAAGGAUCCAAUAUUAAUAUUUCUCAGGUUAUUGCUUGUGUAGGUCAACAAAACGUAGAAGGAAAGCGAAUUCCAUUUGGAUUCCGCAAGAGAACAUUACCCCAUUUCAUUAAAGACGACUAUGGUCCAGAAUCUAGAGGUUUUGUAGAAAAUUCAUAUCUUGCCGGAUUGACACCUUCAGAAUUUUAUUUCCACGCCAUGGGUGGUCGUGAGGGUCUUAUUGAUACUGCUGUAAAAACUGCCGAAACUGGAUACAUUCAGCGUCGUUUGAUAAAGGCUAUGGAGUCUGUUAUGGUUCACUAUGAUGGUACAGUGAGAAAUUCGGUUGGGCAACUUAUUCAGUUGCGUUAUGGAGAAGACGGUUUAGCUGGGGAAACUGUAGAGUUUCAAAAUCUACCUACUGUCAAACUCUCAAACAAAGCCUUUGAAAAGAAAUUUAAAUUUGAUCCAUCUAAUGAAAGAUAUUUGAAGAGAAUUUUCAAUGAAGACAUAAUCAAAGAACUAACAGAAUCUGGCUAUGUAAUUGCAGACCUAGAAAGUGAAUGGGAGCAAUUAUGUAAAGACCGAGAGAUUUUACGUCAAAUUUUCCCCAGUGGUGAAUCUAAAGUUGUAUUGCCAUGCAACUUCAAGAGAAUGAUUUGGAAUGUGCAGAAGAUUUUCCACAUCAAUAAGAGAAUGCCCACAGAUCUAAGUCCUAUAAAGGUUAUACAAGGAGUCAAAGAUCUUCUGAAAAAGUGCGUCAUUGUAGCUGGUGAAGAUCGUCUUUCGAAACAAGCUAAUGAAAAUGCUACCCUGCUGUUCCAGUGCUUAGUCAGGUCAACACUUUGCACUAAAUUUGUCUCCGAAGAGUAUAGACUUUCGAGCGAAGCUUUUGAAUGGUUGAUAGGAGAAAUCGAGACAAGAUUCCAACAGGCGCAGGUUAAUCCUGGUGAAAUGGUUGGUGCACUUGCUGCUCAGUCUCUUGGAGAACCUGCCACUCAGAUGACACUGAACACUUUCCAUUUUGCUGGUGUGUCAUCCAAAAACGUAACCCUAGGUGUACCCCGACUUAAGGAAAUUAUUAACAUCUCCAAGAAACCAAAAGCUCCAUCUCUUACCGUUUUCCUAACGGGCGGGGCAGCUAGAGAUGCCGAAAAAGCUAAGAAUGUACUUUGCCGCCUUGAACACACUACUUUGCGUAAAGUAACUGCUAAUACAGCUAUUUACUAUGAUCCUGAACCGCAAAAUACUGUUAUUGCUGAAGAUCAAGAAUUCGUCAAUGUUUACUAUGAAAUGCCUGAUUUCGAUCCUACAAAGAUUUCGCCCUGGUUGUUGCGUAUUGAAUUAGAUCGUAAGAGGAUGACAGAUAAAAAAUUGACAAUGGAGCAAAUUGCCGAAAAAAUUAAUGCUGGUUUCGGUGAUGACUUGAAUUGCAUUUUCAAUGAUGACAAUGCUGAGAAACUUGUAUUGCGUAUAAGAAUUAUGAAUAACGAAGAAAAUAAAUUCCAAGAUAAUGAUGAAGAGACUGUUGACAAGAUGGAGGAUGACAUGUUCCUUAGAUGCAUUGAGGCAAAUAUGUUGUCUGACAUGACACUACAAGGUAUAGAAGCUAUAGCAAAGGUAUACAUGCAUUUGCCUCAGACAGAAGCCAAGAAACGAAUUAUUAUUACUGAGCAAGGAGAGUUUAAAGCAAUUGCUGAAUGGUUGUUGGAAACUGAUGGAACUUCACUAAUGAAAGUUUUGUCUGAGCGUGAUGUCGACCCCAUCAGGACGUUCAGUAACGAUAUUUGUGAGAUAUUCCAAGUAUUAGGUAUUGAAGCUGUGCGAAAAUCUGUAGAGAAGGAAAUGAAUGCGGUGUUGCAGUUCUAUGGUCUAUACGUGAACUAUCGUCACCUUGCUCUGCUGUGUGACGUCAUGACUGCUAAGGGUCAUCUUAUGGCCAUCACACGUCACGGCAUCAACAGGCAGGACACUGGAGCUCUGAUGAGAUGUUCCUUCGAAGAAACUGUGGACGUGCUCUUGGACGCGGCGAGUCAUGCAGAAGUCGAUCCUAUGAGAGGAGUGUCAGAAAACAUCAUUAUGGGGCAGUUGCCUAGAAUGGGAACUGGAUGUUUCGAUCUACUUCUUGAUGCAGAGAAAUGUAAACACGGUAUGGAGAUGGGCGGCCUGGGGGUCGGCAUGGGCGUCGGCGGCGGAAUGUAUUUCGGUGUUGGCACACCAUCUAUGACGCCUUUGAUGACGCCAUGGUCGACACAGAACACCCCUGGAUAUGGAAGUAGUGCCUGGUCUCCUGGUCAAGUGGGCAGCAGCAUGACUCCUGGAGGCCCCUCAUUCUCUCCAUCUGGAGCAUCCGACGCAUCAGGAUUGUCUCCAGCAUACAGCAGCGCCUGGUCGCCGCAACCUGGCUCUCCAGGGUCGCCCGGGCCCCCAUUGUCCCCAUACGCGUCGCCCGCCGGAGCUUCGCCCUCCUACUCCCCAACAAGUCCAGUGUACGCGCCCGCGUCACCGAGUCUCACACCUUCGUCUUCGCACUACCCCCCAGCAAGUCCAUCCUACUCCCCGACGUCUCCUAAUUAUUCUCCAACAUCCCCCAUAUAUUCCCCGACUUCGCCGAGCUACUCGCCGACUUCUCCGGGCUACUCUCCGACGUCGCCGUCGUACUCCCCCACGUCGCCGAGCUACUCGCCUACAUCACCGAGCUACUCUCCAACCAGUCCGGCUUAUUCACCUACAUCGCCGAGUUACUCGCCCACUUCGCCCAGCUACUCGCCGACAAGCCCGUCCUACUCACCAACAAGCCCUUCAUAUUCACCAACAAGCCCGGCAUACUCGCCGACUUCUCCUGGUUAUUCUCCAUCAUCCCCUAGCUAUUCACCCACAAGUCCUGUGUACAGUCCUGCGUCGCUCAGUUAUUCACCGUCAUCGCCAAAUUACACGCCGGCAUCGCCCGCGUAUUCGCCAACUACUCCGUCGUACUCUCCAACUUCGCCGGCCUACUCUCCGACGUCUCCGAAUUACUCGCCUUCUUCGCCGAAGUAUACACCGACAUCGCCGAAUUAUUCACCGACGUCUCCGUCUCUGGCCGGCGGCAGUCCGACUUACUCGCCGACAAGUCCGCAAUACUCUCCAACGAGUCCACAAUAUUCCCCCACCAGCCCUGCCUACUCGCCAUCGUCGCCGCAGCACCCGCGAAGUUACUCGUCAUCUUCCCCAAAUUAUUCCCCGUCUUCACCAAACUACUCGCCAUCCUCGCCGAGCUAUUCCCCGUCUUCUACAAAAUACUCGCCGACGUCACUUACUUACACCCCGACUUCUCCCAACUAUUCCCCCUCAUCCCCAGCGUACUCUCCAUCUUCAGGCGGUGCAACGACUACCUACUCCCCGAAUUCACCAACAUACUCCCCGACAUCUCCCGUGUAUGACGAUGGCGACGAUUAAAGUGUCAUAGAUGUCAUAUAGUAUUAAAUUUAAUUGAAUUCCAAAUUACUUUGUGAUUUCUAAUCAUUAUUGAAUUGACUGAAAGUUCCGUAUACUGUCUACUGUUUUUCACAAGUGUUAAGUAUAGGUGCUUAUGAUAGAUAAGUUAUAGAUGUAUAUAUAAAAUUAAUCAGGCAUUCGUUGUCUUGUCUCAAUGCUGAGAGUCCUAAGUUGGGCAGUGAAAAAAUUGGCUCCUUAGCGCCACCUGUAAGAAUGCUGAACAGAAACCAUGGCAUUCUGGGAAGUGAUUUAGCCCUGUUUUGAACCACAGAAUAAGAGACAGAGGCCAGAAAAGACAUGUUUUGUCAAAGUUUGGGAAAUCCAGCCUUCUUAACAUGACACGCCCUACGCCGUUUUUAUCUAGCGAUAAAUUAUCGCUGUCCCGUUCAUGUUAUAAUACAAAGCGAAACAUCGAUAGUUAAUCGCACGAUAAAAACGUAUGGCUAGCAGAAGUAAUUCAUUUGAUAUCAGAUAUUUAAUUUCGAUUUUUUUCCCUGGCUAUAUUUUUUUUAAAUGAACCUAUUUAAAAAAAAGAAACUUACCUGAUUUAAACAUUCGCGUAUAUAUUUUAUGAAUAAUACAGGAUUUAAACGAAAACGCGCAAGUAAACAUACCUUUAUUUUAUCUAGAACGUCAGGUAUAUUAACGCGCUCAAGCAUACCUUUAUUUUAUCUCGCAACAUGUUACCACACAUAGGAUGAUUCGAAACGACCGAGAUAAAAUAAAUGUUACAAAACGUGCGCGUUUAAUCCCUGGAUUAUUUAUCGAUUUGGAUUUGACGUAUCUAAACUUUCUCUUUUCUUAAUUUUUUGUUAAAAUCUGAGCUAGUAAGACAGCCAAUAAUACGACUUUAGCAUCCAAGUUUAUUUUACUAGCAUUGUUAGGUUCUACUUUUGUCUUUUUCUAAUAGGCUUAUCUGAAAAAAAGAAUCUUAUUUUAUUUCUUUCAUUGAGAAUUAUUUUAAGGACAUGUUUACAUAGAAUUCAUAAUUCAAAUUUUGUAAAAGUACUAUUGUAUUGUCUGUAUGUACUAAUAAUGAAAAAUAUUAGGUUUAUGUUA